ACUUGUUAGGAAAAGAGCUAGGAUUUAAAUCUGUCAGUUUUGUGUUGUCUUCCAUCAUUGAUAAAGAGACUGCCGAUGGGUAUAGUGUAACGUAAUCCAAAAGCAAUCAUGUCUAAGUUACUAACAGACACAUACAAGCAGGUAAAGAAAAGUAAUCGGUCCACAAAUGAUGCCAACGUCAAAAUCCAGAGUGAUGCUCGAAAUGUUGCCCCUUCCACAAGCAAAAAGGCUGUAUCUGAUGAUCUGGAUAAACUCAAACAGUUUGAUCUCAACUGGGAAUUUGGUCCAUGUGCAGGCAUAACUCGUAUGGAAAGAUGGCAGAGGGCCCAGAAACAUGGAUUGAACCCGCCAGAAAGUGUAAGAGACCUCAUCACACUUCACCCCAAUGAUGAGAGGUAUACCAAAAGCUUGUGGAAUGAUUAUGACUUAUAGUCUCUGUGACGGAGUUAUCUCCCUUGGGAGUCGGGCAGCAACCAACAGGACAACAUGACCAAAGUUGUCUGAAAUUCAUAUUUCAUUGCGUAUAAGAAUAUUACAUGUACAUGUGUGUGUCUGAGUUGUUGUUCACAUGAAAAUCUGAGUGUAGUUAGAAAGAAAAAAAAUUUGGAAUUUGGAAAAGUAUUUGUCAGUGUGGUUAGAGGUAUUGUAAUCAAGUAGACCUUAUGCAUGAAAAUCUGCAAAUUGAUUCAAGUGAAAAAAUGCAUACUGAUCCAUUACUACAUCAGACAGCUGAUAAGAUUCUCAGAGUAAGUGUGAACAGUGAGCAUUGUGGUUGCAUAAU